ACGAACCAGGAAGAAGUCAUCAUUAAAGCCAGUUGCAUUGUUCUCAUUUUCCCCAAAGUGCCUUCUUCCUCUUCCCAUUCUCGGCGUUAUGGGGGGCGUCUGCGCCCGUUUCGCCGAGCGCAACCGGGCCACGCUCAACUUCGCACUGCUGGUGGUCGGUUACGCCGCCUACUUGUUGGUCGGCGCCGGCAUCUUCUCUGCCGUCGAGCUGCCCUACGAGGUCCGGCUCCGCAGCAAGCUGGAAGCCAGCCACCGGGACUUCUUGGCCAACAACACCUGCGUGUCGGACGACAGCCUCCGCGAGAUCCUCACGCGGGCGCUGGAGGCCAACAAUUACGGCGUGUCUGUGCUGCGUAAGAGCAGCCGUCGUAACUGGGACUUCGUGUCGUCUCUCUUCUUCACCAGCACCGUGCUGACCACCACAGGUUACGGCCACACAGUCCCCCUGUCAGACGAAGGAAAAGCCUUCUGCAUUUUCUACUCCUUAGUGGGCAUCCCCCUCACCCUCUUCUUCCUCUCGGCUGUGGUGCAGCGCAUCAUGUUGGCGGUCACCCGCCGCCCCCUCGCCUACUUCCCGCAUCGGUGGGCCGUGUCUAAGGCCAAAUUCGCCUUGAUCCACGCGGUGGUCCUUGCCGUCGCAGUCACUAUUGUUAUCUUCUUCAUCCCGGCGUGCAUCUUCUUCACCAUGGAGCGGGAUUGGAACUUCCUGGAGUCCAUCUACUUCUGUUUCAUCUCCUUGACCACCAUCGGGCUCGGAGAUUACGUCCCGGGAGAAACUCACGGCACGGAGGAUAACCCUCAUCGGCAGCUUUAUAAGCUGUUCAUUACUUUGUACCUGCUUCUGGGUCUAGUGUGCAUUCUGGUGCUCAUGGAGACAUGCGUAGAGCUGCCGCACAUGAAGCGCCUACGCCAACAAUUCUACCAUGACAGCCUCCCACGGGAAUUGGAAGCAGAGACCGCCAACAUCAUCGAGCGAGAACAUCCCACAGAUAUGUCUGAGCACGUCAUCCCGUCCGUGUCGGAGCGGGCCGAAACGUCGCGGGACAGCGCGGCGCCGUACACGCCGGCGACAGUCUUUAAUGGGAAACUCAACUAAAGCGACUUAAAAUGGCCAGCAGCUGGGAGGAGUAAAUGUGAUUAAUGGACUUUUCUGUGGGUUGGUUUGAUAGCACAGUGGCAUUGAUUUGUAGGCGGUAACCCAAGCACACAUUUUAUACAGACUGCACAUGUGAGAGUGCCUUUGACGAUCAUGAGGAUUUGGUGUCAAGGCGCUCUUGGGAUCUCUGAACAAAAGUGCUUUGAGAUAUGAAUGAUCUGACUUGAGUUUUUUGAGAUCCAAGCCAUUUUCUUUUGCUUAUAUCCUUUACCCUCUGAGAGAAAAAAACCCCUAAAUUUACUCCAAUUUACCUAAUUAUUUGCAGUAGUUAUUAAUAAUUAAUUUGUGUCUGCAUUACUGUAUUAUACUGCCCCCGGUGGUCAGGAAAGCUAUUUCCCUUAUUAAACACAUUAGUACAUAGAUUUUUGUUACUGGGUUUUUUGGAGGCAGAGAAGCUGGAAGAAAUAUGUACCAUAGUUUUCGGACUACAAGCCGCUACUUUUUUCCCUCAUUUUGAAUCCUGCGGUUUAUACUCCAGUGCGACUUAUUUGCUAAAUUAUUUGGGUUCAUAGGUAACACUUUAUUUGACAGCGGCGUCAUAAGACAGUCAUAAUUAUGACAUGACACUAUCGUGGACACUAUCUGAUACUGACUGAUGUCAUUAAGUGUCAUCCGGCAAAUUAUGUCACCAACACUCCAUUUAUGUCCAGCUGGGAUCUUAUACAUCUAUUCAAAAGUGAGAUAAUUUGCCGGAUGACACAAAACGACGUCUGUCAUAAGCAUUCAUUAAUGCUCAUGGCAGUGUCAUGUCAUAAUUAUGAUGGUCUGAUGACAGUUUUAUGGCACCACUGUCAAAUAAAGUGUUACCAAAUACCAGAGCUAGCAAUUAAUGAAACAACCGGAAAAGUAACUGAAGAAAUAUUGGCACAGAACAUGAAUUUUGAUUGUUAUUUACAUCCAUAGUGGUGUAAUGCAUGCUAGGAGGCAUGCUGGAUGACAACAGUAUUGACAGCAGAUGGCAGCAGAGGGACUGUCUCCCCUAAGGGAGCAGUGAUGGCCAAAUGAAUCAUCUUGAAGCAAUCAUGGGGGUUCAUUUGGUCUUAUGAUGCCGUUGUCAGAUAAAUUGUUACCGGUUAAUAUCUUUCGGUGUAAAUAUCCCAUAAUACAGUGAGGAGAGCUGCAUCUUAUCGUCCGGUGCAAAUAAAUCAGCAAACAAGCUACCAAUUAAUGAAACAACUGGAAGAGUAACUGAAGAAAUAAUUAGCACAGAACAUGAAUUUUGUUAUUUACAUCCAUAGUGCUGUAAUGCAUACUAGGAGGCAUGUUGGAUGACAACAGUAUUGACAGCAGAGGUUGACUCUCCACUAAGGGAGCAGUGAUGACCAAAUGAAUCAUCUAGAAGCAAUCAUGGGGGUUCAUUUGGUCUUAUGAUGCCUUUGUCAGAUAAAUCGUUACCGGUUAAUAUCUUUUGGUGUAAAUAUCCCAUAAUACAGUGAGGACAUUUGCAUCUUAUCGUCCAGUGUGGCUUAUCUUUGACCAAAUGCCGUUUUGUGUCAAAUUUGGUGGGUGACUGCUUAUAAUCAGGUGCGCCUUAUAGUCCGAAAAAUACGGUAUUUGCAUUCAUUUCAAUGGGGACAUGAUGUUCUUUGAAGUUUUUUUUUUUUUUUUUUUUUUUUCUUUUUUUUUUUGCACUCUUUCAGUGUCACCGACGAAAGAUAAUCUAAUGGUAUCUAAUGAGUUAUUUUGAUGUUUAAAAAAUUAAUCAGGAUUAUAAGUUUAUUUAAAGAAAAAAAAAAGUCAUUUUAUUCCAUUUUGGAAUAUGGCAGCAAACCGUCCAAAGUUACAGUAGGUGUAAAUGUGGUAAAAGCAAAGCACUUUCAAUUGUUUUUUAUUUUUUCUGUUCUCCCUUGUCAGAACAUUCCCCGCAGAUAAGAGCCAAGUGUGGGAAUACUAAGGAAGGGCUGCUAAGUUUUCACUUCCUGUUAAAAAGGAAGUUUGACUUCAUAUCUAAAAACACCUAUGCGCCUGAUUUUUGCCAAACAAAACGACAUUAGUUGUAAUAAAUAUCUGUUACAUUAAUACAAAACUUUUCCUGUCGUUGUAAAGGCAACUAUUUCCAUGUGCAAUAAGGGUUUUACCACUAGAGAGCAGCAUUUUAUGCUUUAAAUUUGCUAUGACUGGUUUAAAAAAAAUAAAGAAUCCAAUUUUUUAACCAACCAUCAUAAAAUG